UUCACUCUGGGCCGGAUGUGUUUUCCAUGUGCUUUCAUUUCAGUUGUUCUGUCCAGUGAUGAUGAUGAGGAGGAGGAGGAGGAGGAGGGCGGUGACGCUGCUCCCUGCAGCCCAGCGGUCCAAACACCGGUCCCUGUGGAAGACGUAGUAGUAGAGAUACAAUCCCCACGGAAAGCUGAGGACAAAGAGCAGGAAGCUUCUGACCUAGAGGACGUGCAGGUGCUUAUAGAGGAACCUGUGUCAGUGGCAAUUUCUCCAAACCUCAGUAUAGACUUCUCCUUCUCCACGCUGCACUGUGGUGGUUAUCGAGGGAGAGCAAAUGGAGAAAUCAUGAUAGCAGACCAAGAAAUCAUCAUCCCGCUGGAAGGUGAUGAUACUGGAGAGGUGGAGGUGAGGCUAUAUCUGGACCGUAAAGACGUGAGGAGGUACAGCGUGUGGGAGCAGCAGGAACUGGUGGAGCGGGAUUUUCACUUUGAGGACGGCGAGGAGCCUUUCCCUGCCGCCAUUCUUCUGUUAUGUGUGUCAGAAACUGCUGCAGCUGCUUUACAGCGAGAACUACAAAAGCUGUGUUUGAAACAACAUAGAGCGACGAGCACUGGCAAGGCGAGCCCGUUUGUCCUGCUGACCCUGAGAUAUCCUGUGGUGGGAAUGGAGGGGGCUUUAUUACGCUCCCUCCUGGACAUUGACUGUCUCAACAGUCUGGCACAAGGAACCAUUGAUUGUGGCGACAAACUUCGUUGUUUGGACGACUUCAACACUCCUGUUCUUUCUCUGGAUGAUAGCCUAGAGCUGAUCAGAAGAACUGGACUGGACUCUCCCCUGCUGUCUCUGCUGGGCCUGGACUGCUCUUACCCUCGAUUAGACACAGACGAUUAUGAUCUGCAUUCUGAUAUAGAAUUAAGCACCCCACCAUACGUCGAGCUGGAGGUUGAUUUACAGGAAGAGACAGAACUGAAGCGGGACACAGAAACAGAUUCAGACACAGAACUCAAACCAGAGGAGGGUCGCAAAGAACAAGAGCUCGAACAACAGCCUGAACAACAGCCUGAACAACAGCCUGAACAGCAGCCUGAACAACAGCCUGAUCAACAGACUGAUCAACAGACUGAUCAACAGCCUGAACAACAGCCUGAACAACAGCCUGAACAACAGCCUGAGAAGAAAAAGGAGGAGCCCCCUCCUGUGUACACGCUGAGCCAUCGUAGAACAAACAAGUCCUACUCCGUGUCCCUUUGUAAACCGGACUCCAGCUGGACUACAUUUAAACAUCAUGGAGUGGCACGAAGGUUGAUACAGUUUCCUCCCCCACCGUCGAAAGGAGGGAUAACCGUCACCAUGGAGGACCUGCAGUGCCUCGACACAGGGAUAUUCCUUAAUGAUGUCAUCAUCGACUUUUACCUCAAAUACCUCCUCCAGAACGCCUCUGCUGCCGUGGCCGAGCGCUCACACAUCUUCAGCAGCUUCUUCUUCAAGCAGCUCACUCGCAGGGACAAUGCCAGUGAGGGAGGCACCGUUACCACCGACUCGUAAGUAUACCUGUUUUUUUGACUACUUUUUAGAGAACAUCGACCCAGCACACCGUCCCUGACCGGCUUUUGGCUAACAUCCACUGCAUCCCCACUUCCUCCCAUCCGGUUGUAACCAUGGAGAAUUCGGGGCCGCAACUUGGAUAAGGCACACUCACACACGCUUACCUCGUGUAGUGUGCAUGGAAAAAAAGGGUGCGGAGAUUCCGUCUGGAGCCUACCGCGCACCAUGUUCCCCAGGUCCCUCAGGAGCAUGGGAAAACAUAAGUGCACCACGUCCCCCACACGCUGCGUGUAGAGUGGGCAUGGACAAUAGUGAGGAAGGAAGUCCUCCAGCCCUGUAUGAGGCUGAUUGCGCACCAUGUCUCCCGAGUCCCUCAGGAGCAUGGGAAAACACAAGUGCUUUAUAUCCAGGGGGGGGGGGGAUGCCUACUGACCCACAGCCACCCCCACUCUCACCAGUCAUGCGUUGCCUCGGCAAGCACAGACAACGAGAAGGAGCCAGAUAUGUCCAGGAGAUAACAUUUUAUGAAAGAGCCUGGCGUAGACCAAGACGCCGCCGUCCAUAUAUCUUCUACACUCACGCCGCUGA